UAAACCCCAAACGACUUGGCUCUGCGACACUUGCAAACCAUUUGCAUUUGCGAAGUCUCCAACAAACUCGCGCAGCCACCAACACUCCUUUUUCUAGGAAAGUCACCAUGGUUGAUCAGGUUCAGCGCCCUAAACUCUUCUAGAAUGUUGCACGCCAUACCGGUCUUUCAAUGUACCAACAAAGGUCAUUUGGAAAUUACGCCAACCUUGCAUUUCAGUAUCCAGUGAUGCCGGCAUGUCAAGCUACAAUGACUGAUUUCUCUACUAUUGCAACAACUGCUUCCCCUAUAUUUGUUGCAGCUCCUGUUGAGAAAGGAAACUUUCCUGUUGAUUUUCUCAUGGGAGGAGUUUCGGCUGCUGUAUCAAAAACUGAUGCUGCUCCCAUUGAGCGAAUUAAGCUUUUGAUCCAGAACCAAGAUGAGAUGAUUAAAGCUGGUAGACUUUCUGAACCCUAUAAGGGAAUUGGUGACUGUUUUAAGAGAACAACUACUGAUGAAGGUAUUGUUUCACUAUGGAGAGGUAACACUGCAAACGUCAUCCGUUAUUCCCCACCCAGGCUUUGAAUUUUGCAUUCAAGGACUACUUCAAGAGGCUUUUCAAUUUCAAUAAGGACAAAGAUGGUUACUGGAAGUGGUUUGCUGGUAAUUUGGCCU